AUGUUCAAAGCCCUGAUGGGCGGGGGCCGCUCGUCCUCAUCCGAUGUUCGCAGUUCCAAGAGCAGCCGGCGCAAGUCGGAAAAGCACGAUAAGUCCGAUACAAGAUCGAUCUCAAGCCGCAAGUCCUCACGGGGUGACGACCGUGACCGCGGCCUCGGUGAUUUGUCGUCUUAUCCGCCAUCAACUUCCCGCAGUAAGCGUGGCCCGCCUAGCAUUGCCGGCGAAUCCAUCGCAUCAACCUAUGUAACCGCCGAGCCAGAAGCGAUUGAUGAAUCCGACCGCUACUACAUUGAACGUACACCAAAACGCAGAGACAGUGAACGGGAAAGCAGGAGUUCCCGUCGGCACGACCAGGACCGAUCCGAAAGUCCAGAGCGCGAGAAGAGAAGGAGCCGCCGAGGUACACAAGAUACUCUGGAUGAUGACUUGGAUCGGGAGAGCGACCGUCGCGAGCGUCGUCGCACCCACUCGGGGGAUCCCGCCCCCGGCGCGCAGUUUGCCGCCGAGAUUGGCGCCCCGGGAUUCUCGCAAUUCCCCAUGCAAUACGACACUGGGAUGCCACCCGCAGGCCAUUCGCCAGCGCAUGAAGUUCCAUAUGACCCGCACGUGCAGCAACAAUUCCCUGGCCAGUUCCCAGAGCAAGUUGCCGCACCGUACCCGCCGACCAACCCCGCCGGCGCUGCGGCAGACUACUACGGUGACCAAGGCCAGUCUGUUGAGCACCAGCCUGGUAUUCGACCGACUCGUCCGAGUGUGCUUCCUAACACUCAGGCACACUUGAUGGCAGCGUCUCCAUCAGCUAACCCACCACCAGAGCCUAGUAGCCUUGGUGAAACUGGUGCGGCGGCGGCCUAUUUCGACGAUAAUUUCCAUGCUCCGGCACCGCAAGACCAGCCACCGGAAGUGUCUUUAUCCAGACCCCCGAAGCCGUCUAAGCCUUCGAAGCCUUCUUCAUCGGGCGUUCUUCCUGCUGCUGCUGUUGGAGCUGCCGCUUAUGGAAUUGGUGGUAUGAUGUCUCACUCGGAGUCGCAUUCCCCUCCGCAGCACACUACUUCGUACACCCAGCAGGGACAGCCAACGGUGCACAACCAGCCAAUGGUACAUCACCAGCCGACGGAAUACGAUCAGCCGAUGGCAAGCAGCAGCCACAAGCCUCCAUCCAAGCCACCCCAUUCUCAUAGCUUCAGUGAAGGUGUCGGUAUUGCGGCUGCAGGUGCUGCGACGGGGUACAUGAUGGGUCAUCAUCAUCACUCCUCUAGCCCCGAACACGCACCACAAUACGCUUUCCAGCACCACGGGCAAUCUUCUCAAGUUGGUGGUAUGGUACCGUAUGCCCCUGUCCAUAAUAAUGCUUUGUAUGCUGCAGGUGCGGGAGGAUACGCUGCUCAUGCUGCCCACAACCCGGGUUUCUAUCCUCAUGGACCGAGUGCGCUAGCUUUCCAAGAGCGUCAGCGUGGUGCCAUGGAAAGAUUUGUUGAUUUCUGGCGUGACCCUGAGGCCGUUGGAAGAUUCGAGGACUACACGGAAACUAUCGGUGUGUGCAAAUACUGUUUCCAACCUGGCACGAGCUCCGUCGAUGCCCCUCGAAAGCACCAUUAUCACAGGCGCCGCCGACACUCGCCAGAUCGACGGAGCAGUGGUAGCUCCAGAGUCAACAAAACCAGCCGAUACAACUCCUCUGAGGAUGAGGGCCGCCGACGGUCAAAGUCCAAGAAAUCUUCCUCGUGGCUGCCUGGCAUGCUAGCUGGUUAUGCGGCCAAGUCACUCUUCUCGAGUAAGGAGUUCGACGAUUCUUACAGCCUUCGCUCCGGGCGAGUGGCCUCCUCCCAUGGAGAAGAAGAUGACCGAAGGAGCCGUACCUCUCGUGGCGUGACCCGUCGUUCUAGCCGCAGUCCUCACAGAGACUACCAUGCAGGCUCCAAGCAUGCCUCUCAACCUGGAUAUUCUCGGCACUCGCGCUCUCGAUCGCGGUCUUCCUCUAGGUCUGGCCGGCAUUCGUACCUUAAGGAAGCCGCACUCGGUGCCGCAGUGGGAGGGGCUGCACUGGCUGUUGCGAAGUCCCGUAACCGCUCCCGUAGUCGUUCUCCUGAAAGAGGACAACACCGAAAGGAUUCGUCAUCGUCAUCGUCCUUUGUCAAUCUUCCCAGGCCUGGCAAGAAGUCCAUCGCUGGUGGUAUCGGGUCUUUCUUCACUGCUUCUUCCGAGAACAAGAAGAAACGUCAUACCAAGAAGCGGAGCGGUUUCUUCUCUUUCAAGAGUGGCUCUUCAUCCUCUUCAUUGGACAAUGAUCUUGCAUUCGGAGAUGGGUUUUCGAGGAAGCCCUCCAAGCUCAAAAAGAAGGGCAAGAAGGGUAAAGAUGUCGACACCGCUUUGCUAGAGCUUAGCGACACGGCAACCCGUUUGGCUGGGUCCUCGCCCCACGGUCCCGGGCGCAGUGCAGGCCAGAUGUACAAAGCUCAAUCUCGACAGUCCAACUACUCUACGACAAAUGACGAAUGGGUUGAUGCCGAGUCGGAGGACCAGUCUUCUUCAAGUGUUAGCUCUGCCCUGGCGUUCGGAGGAAGCAGCAUUGACUCCUCCUCCGACUCCGCUAGCAGCAAAUGGGGCUGGAGAUGGGGAAGCAAGAAGGAUAAGAAGAAGAAGGACAAGCGGUCGAGUGCUACAAAUGCCGCUCUGGUAGCUGGCGCCGGUGCUAUCGGAGCCGCUGCAAUUUCUUCUGCUCGUGACCAUGAUAACAACCCCCCAAGCAGAUCUGGGAGCCUGCAACAUGUUUACCCAAUGCCUACUUCCGACCCCUCUCGCUUUGAUGUUGCGAAAAUGUCCCCAUCUGUAUCUGCCGGUGAACCAACGCUCAUCCGCCCGGGACCCAUUCCCCUUCAGCAGCCUCAGCCUUUCACCCCAGUCUCCCAAUCUGUGUAUACUACCCAGGGAGCUGUUCCGGGAUCGAUACCAGUGUAUAGCGCCCCAGCAGUCCCACCUCUCUUUGCCAAUGGGGUUGAACACUUCGAAUCGCAGUUCCAAGGCCCCCGUGGUGCGGCUUGGGCGCCAGAAUCAACGUACGCCGAGCGCCGGAAAGCUCCUCGACGUAGUGAUUCCUCCCCUGUUUUCCCCACUCAGGAAACUGCUUCCAGUCUCAAGCGCCGGUACACCUCCAAAGAUCAAGCCUCCGUGCAAUUCGACUUGACGGAAGAGCAAGCAGAAAGGGAACGCCACCUUACUCGUCGUGACAAGAACUACCGGGACGAAUUGGAUGACCAACCGGUUCAACUGAUUGACCGAGAAGAAGAGGUGGCCCGCCACGAAACUGAGCGCCGAGAGCGCCGUCGAAAGGAGCGCGAUGAUGAGGAGCGCCGGUAUGCUGGCGACAGAGGAAAGGACUCCUCAUCCUGGGUUGGUGUAGCAGCAGCAGGAGCUGUUGGCGCUGCUGCUGCCAGCACUAUUCUCUCUCGCAAGACAGACGAUGACGAAGCCUCUGAAGCCAGCCAGCGAUACAAUGAGCGCCGAGAGAAACGCCGGGCGGAGCGAAAGCGCGAUAACGAUGCAGUGGCGGCUAUUUCGGUCGUCUCGCGGUUCGAGCCCACUCAGCCUAUUGAUGAAGAAGUGUCAACGGCGGGACACCGCGAAGACCAGAAGAAAGGGUCUCCGCGAUCUCCCCGUCCCCCACAAGUUUACGACGAUUACGCAGAAUUUUAUGCCCCCGAGGAGCUACGACACAGCCCAGAUGACCAUGCUCGCAGCCGCGGCUCCACUGAUAUGCCAACCAUUGUGGAGGUAGAGCCCGCCAGCGAACGACGUACACAUGAGGAGCCUGCACCUACCGAGGUGGACUAUUCCUAUGAACCAUAUCAACACGUGGACCGCCUCCCGUGGCCAGUUCCCGCGCUCAACUUCAUUGAGCCCACUCCUCCUCAGAGCGUGAACGGUGGUUCUGUUCGCGACGCUACCUCCCCAACUGCCCCUGUAAAUAAAUCUUAUGAUACCAAGCCCCGCGAACGACCAACAGGCUCCCGUGUCUCCUGGGGUGAGCAUGAGACUCAUGAAUACGAGAUCCCCUCUUCUUCUGAACAGGAUCCCCUUGAGCAUGACAUUCCCCCUACCGAAAUCUCAGCUAAGGAUGUUCCUCUCCCGGCAUCCGAGAUAUCACAAUCCAAGGACAUCCCCAGCACAUCGCAGUAUGGCGCCGACAUUGAAUUCGCGGCCACAAUUGCUGCUGCGACCGCCGCAGCUGGGUUCGAUCCCUCCCUGAUCACAGACGACCCAUCCUACCACACCCGCACUUCCCCUCCUGGGUCAGAGGACGAACACACAUUUACCUCACCCUGGUCUGCAUCGGCUCGGAAGGAGCCCCACGGCUUCGUCGAGGGCGAGCUCGAAGAAAUUGACCCCAAGUCUACUAAGAAUAUUACUUCCGCUCCUGAGCACGUGCCCCAGGACAAAGAUGAGCUUUUCUUCGACGAGCCGGAAUCCUUCUCAAGAGAUCGGGAUAUUUCUUCGGGCCGCCGUGACAAGUCCUCGAUUGCCCAGGAGGUUAUCGAGCAGCUUAAUGGCAAAUAUGGCAAGCGCGACCCCGAGCCUAGAGACUUGGCUGAUGCUAGAUCCGUGGCGUCAGCGCCGGCACCUGUUGCCAUGGACCCAGAGACCCCGACCAAGUCCAAGUCAAAGAAGUCGAGGCGGAGUGGUGAUGUCUUUGAUCUCCCCGAGUUCCAGGAGCGGGAACUCGCUGAGUCUUCAGGCUUGAAGGAUGAGCCAUCGGGAUCCCGCAAGUCCCGGCCCAGCGGCGAGGACUUCGAGAUUUACGAGUCACGGGAGGCGUCUCCAUCCCAGGAUAACUCUUAUUCUGUUGUCUCUGCUCCUGUCUCGAAGGACGAAACAUCCAAGUCCAAGUCCAGGAAAUCCAGAAGGAGUGGUGAUGACCUGGACAUUGCUGAAUACCCGGAGUCAGCGCUUACCGAGUCUCGUGACGAUUCUUUCUCUGUUAUCUCUGCUCCUGUUUCGAAGGACGAGACAUCCAAGUCCAAGUCCCGCAAAUCUCGACGGAGUGGCGAUGACUUCGAGAUCUACGAGUCACGCGAACCAUCUGAAUCUCGGGAUGACACCCGCUCGGUUACCUCUACUCCUGCCGGCAAAGAGUACGAGUCAUCGAAGUCCGGGAAAUCGAGACGCAGUGGAGAUGACUUCGACCCGCGUCUUGAUGCUGAAGCCGCCCCUGACAACGUGGAAGGUGGCGAGGAGAAGAAGCGACGUCGCAAGCGUCGAUCCAAACAUGAAAGUGAUACUUUCUCUGUUGAUGACGAUGCUCGCUCCGCCAUUACGGACCUUGGAGACGACAAGUCUGAGCGUCGCAAGCAUCGCCACCGCUCUUCCCGGGAAACUGACUUUGAUGACAAUGCCUCUAUAACCUCUUCUCCAGCUCGGAUUGACGAAUCCCGGGAGAAGCGCCGAGGCAAGGACGAGAAAGAAAAGAGCGGAGGCUUUUUGCGAGGUAUCUUUGGCUCACAAGUGUCGGCCCCAGCUGAGCGUGUUCGGUCUGACCAUUCUCGUUCUUCCUCGUUGGAUAAGCGCUCAUCCCGCGAAGCCAUAUCUGAAGUUGGUGUGGAUGAUGAACGCCGUCGUCAUAAGAAGCGUUCUUCGAAGCACCGCAGCUCCAGCAAUGGCGAUGAAUUGGACCGCUACAUGUCGGACAAGGAGAAAGGCACUCAAGAUGACACAAAUCUGGAGGAGUACAGGUCCAGUAGACAGCAAAAGGAAGAGCGUCGUCGUCAUCGGUACGAGGAAAUCGUGGAUUCAGGAAGAAAACGGGAAUCCGAGAAGGACGGAUAUAGUGACAACUUCGACGAUCAAUCUUUAUUAAGGAAGCGCCCUGAAAUUCUAGCGGCAGAUGAGCGCGAAGACUAUGGAGCUUCUUCAUGGCUUCCAGCAUCCGCGGUUAGCGCAGCUGUUGUUGCAGCAGCAUCGGGACUGAAUGAGAUUCCACAGCAGAGGCCUCGGAGCCAAUCCACCUCUCCCCCAGCCACAGAGAAGACACUCGACCUGACCCCGAAGUCUCUGAGCCGCCCCGCUUCACCUGAAACAAGCCACCCGCAGGGGUCCCGAUCUCCCAAGCAACGCCGACACUCCGUGGCCAAGUCCACCACUGAAUCACCCACAGCUGUGCCUCUCCACUUCCGCCGGCCCCCAACUUCCCCGGGCCUUUCGCGCGCAGUCCCGGUUGAACAACCCGCCCCUAUCGCCUCCCCAGGCUCGCCAAGCCAGCAACGCAACCGCCGGCCCGGGUCAGUCGAGUUCCGAAACUCGCGUGAGAUCCGCCCUCUAUGGCUCGUCGAGCGCCACAGUUUGACCAAGGGCGAACCCGAGACCGAGGAGCCCCUGCCAUCGCUCCCAUCCAGCAAGACGUCCUCUCGGGUCCCGUCAAUGGAGGAUCUGAAAUCCCUCCGUGACGACGACGGUCUCAAGAGCUGGGAGCAUGUAGAUCUGAGUCACUCAAUCACCGGAAACCAGCGGCCAACCGGUCUGACCAUUUCAGCUGAGCAAGCGAACGAAAGCCAUAGUAGAGACGUUGAUCUCCUCGGCUCGCAGCAGGCCACGCCUACCGCUGAACACUUCCAGGAUGCCGAGUCCAGGAAGGAGAGGCCAAGAUACGAAUUCCACUCUCCCUCUGAGCUUCUGCGGGACCCCACUGCUCUGGACGAGCUGCCUCCUUCACCUACGCUGGACCCCCUGCCUUCUGCGGAGGGCUCUCUUGUUGGCGUCGGCUCUAGGGGAGCAAGAAACCCAGCCGCCGCUGCGGAAUUUGCCAAGGGCGCUGGCUUCGCCGGUGUUGUCGAUGCCGCUGCCAUUGCGGCUGCCAGGGAGCAUGAUCAGUCUCGCUCCUUGCCUGCAGAUGAACUCUCCAAGCCCCGUAGCUUCGGCGAUAUUGUCGAUGCAGCGGUUGCCGCUGACGGUUCCUCCCAGGACCAUGACAAGGCACCUGUCCAUGAGGAGGCGCUCAGUGAGCCCGUUACUGCCAUUGAGGAGACUGCUCCUGCUCCGCUUGAGCCUGUCCACCCAGAGAUGGAGACAGCCAAGGAAUUUGUGCCUGAAUCUACUGAACAGCCUGUUCAGUCUCCAGAUCUUCAAGCUCAGCCCGAGACAAAAGUCGCUCCCGAUGAGAGCGCUACCCAGUCUUCUAAAAAGAAGAACAAAAAGAAGAAGGGCAAGAAGAACCAGGCUCAAGGUGCAGAUCUGGGAGGCCCCGAGGAACUACUCGCGCAGGAAGAACUGUCCAAGGAGCCGGUGCAGGAGCCUGCUGUGGAUGCGCCUACGGUCGAAACUGUUUCUGCUGAGCCCGAGGUUUCUGUUCCCGAGCAAUCCGAGUCGGUUGAGGCAUCCCGUGAGCUUGGACCUGGGAUUGGGGCUGAUGAGUCUGUGGUCGAAGCUGCCCCUGUUGAGUCAGCGCCUGUCGAGAGCGCUCCGGUUGAGCCUGAGGUUGCUAAUCCCGAGCAACUUGAGGCUGAGCCUAUCGAGGCUUCCCGUGAGGUUGAGAUUGAGCCUUCGGUUGAAGCUGCUCAAGAACCAGAAGUUGUUACAGCCCCUGAGGGCGACUUUACUCAGGUGCCGCCUGCUGAAACUGAACUGGCCGAGGACGCUGCAUCUUCGACUAAAAAGGCUAAGCGCGACAAGAAGAAGCAGAAGAAGAGAUCUAAGAACGCAUCGACUUCCGAAGAGCCUACAGAUGAUACUGUGAUUGCCGAGCUUCAGGAUGAUACUUCUGCCUCCAAGGAGAUUGAAGGCCAACAAGAAGACAGCGCACCUGCGCCUUCCGAAGAGAUUGUGGCUGCGCCCUUGCCGGAGGAAAUGGUUACUUCUACUGAAUCUCCCGAGAGCACCGCUGACCAGAUUGCCACCUCAUCUGCUGCCAUUGAUGCAGAGCAAGCUCGAAGCCAGCCUGAAUCCGAGGAACUGGUUGAGCCUGUGGAACAAGUAUCCACUGAAGAACCCAUUCUACCUGUGUCCGAAGGUCCCAGCGUGCCCAUUGAGCAGACCCCGGAACCUGCUUUCACUGAUGCCAAUGAAACACUAAUUACUAGUGCCACUCAACCGGAAGUGGAGGAAGUAUCCCGCAGCCUGGAAGAGAUUGAGAAGCCAAGUGAAGAGUCUAUGCCAGAGGCCCCUCUCGAUACCACCACGCCUGAAAUUACUGAAACACCCAAAGAAGACACCGAAGGUGAAGACAACUUCGAAGAGGCUGUCGAGGAACAGAUUCCACAGCCUGCCGAAGAAAAGGAGCCUGCACCAGAGCCUCCCGUCGAGGGACCUCCCGUCGAAGUGGCUACAGAUGCCCCCACGGAAACUUCGGAAACCAAGGCGGAGAAGCGGAAAAACAAGAAAAAGAAGAAUCGCAAAUCCGCUGCCGCUGAAGAAACUGAUAUUUCCGCUGGAACGCCCGCUACCGAGACUGAAUUGCAUCAAGAAAGCAAAGAGCCCGAACCUGAGCAAUCAGCGGUUGUCGAACCUGCAGAUACCCAAUCCCCUCCAAUUGGCGGUGAAGCCUUACCUUCUGAUCCUGAACAUCUUGAGCAGCCUACCAAGGAUGUUGAUCAGCCCAUCGAAACCACCAUUGAGGAGUCUGCAGAUACCCAGGAGCAGGAGCAAGCUCCAUUGGAGGCCGCUGUGGAUGCAACACCUGCUGUGACCGAGCCAGUGGACCCCGCGGGGUCAUCUGAUGAACUGUCGCAGCCAGCUGUAAUUGAGGUCCAGCCUGAUGCUGAACUCCCUGCUGAGGAGGCUUCUCGCGAAAUCUCAGAGCCUUCUGCAGUUGAGACUCAACCUGGAGCUGAAGUUCAAGCCGAACCUCAACCUGAAGUUGCAGCCGAGCCUGAAGUGGCCUUGACUGCGGCCCAGAAGAAGAAGGCUAAGAAGAAUAAGAAGAAGGGCAAGCAGAGUGAAUCUUCUAUUCCUGACGACGAGAAGCCUGCUGAGCCUACCUCGCCGGCACCUGAAGUUGAGACUGCCGCUGAGGAGAUGCCCAAGGGAACCCUUCUUGCCACCGAAGACACACCGGUGGAUGCGCCUCCUCAAGAAAGCGAGAUGGAGCUGCCCGUCAACGUUGAACAAUCGAUUGAGCCCGGGCGACUCCCUGAGACCAAGCAAAUUUCUGAGGGUUUGCCGGCCCAGGAUGAAGCUUCUCCUGACCCUCUUCCGGAACCAAUGGCAGAGGUAACAGAGACAGAGACACCCAAAGAAGAGUCCAACGCACCAGGGGAGGAGCCCAAAGCCGAAGCGUCUCCCGCUGAGCCAGAGGUCCCUAUGACCGCCGCGGAGAGAAAGAAGGCCAAGAAGGCGAAAAAGAAGCAGCAAAAGGAGCAGGAAGAGAGCAUUGGCUCUAUUGCUGAAGAUACCACGCCCGUCGAGACCGUGCCUGCGCCCGAUGCUGAAUUCACUGAGCCAAGCAAGGAUAUUGCGCCCGCCGUGGAAAUUGAUAAUGUUGCUCCAGCGGACUCCUCUGCGCCUGUGUCUUCCGAGCCUGCUGAGACUGAACAGGAUGUUACGCCAACAUCUACAACCGAGCCGGAGGCAGCUCCAGUCACUGAAGAUACUCCUCUGCCAACCGAUCCUGAGUCUAUCGAGCCAACGAAAGGCAUCGAGGCUCCUGCUGAGGCUGAGCCACCGGUAGAAGACGCUGCCCCAUCGUCAGAGGUUGAGGCAACCGAAGUUACUGCCGAUGUUCCACUUGCAUCGGAAGAAGCGGCCGCUCCUGUCGAUGUGCCCCAAGGCCUUGACCAACAGAACGAUGUCGUCAACGCAGAGGAGCCGAAGAGCGAGGAUCUGACCCCAGCGCCCAUGCAAGAGGCCUCGGCUGAUGCUGCAGAGACCGAUGCCCCCAAAGCACAAGAACAAUUUCCCGUACCCGAGGUUCCAAUGACUGCUGCCGAGAGGAAGAAGGCCAAGAAAAACAAGAAGAAGCAGCAGAAACAAGAGGCUGUGCAGCUUGACGAGCAGCCCACGCGUGAGGCUGAGCCUACUUCUACUGAGGAAAAGAAUGUCGAACAAUCCGGUGACAUGUUGCCUGGGAGUGAGCCCACAACUACUGUAGAAACUGCCGCAGGUGUUGAUGAGCCCACGGAACCUGAGGCAGCCCGCGACCUCGAAACCGAGACCAAGCCUGAAGAGGAACAAGCUCAGGAUGUGCCAAAACUCGACUCCGAAGUUGUUCCCGAGGCUCCCUCAGACGAGGCUAUUUCUACCCCCAAGACUGCUGAACAAGCUACUGAUGUUCAAGAUGGGAACAAAGAAACCGCCCCAGAGCCUACAGUCGAAGUUCCUGCUUCCACGGAACACCCCCAGGAAGCACAGAAGCUUGAUUCAGCCAUCAGCGAGGAGCCUGCUUUAGAGAAGUCACUCGAUGACAAGCCCACAGAGUCUGCAUCAGAGCCAGUUGCGGAGGAGACUCAGCCCACGGAGUCAACAGCAAGUCCAGUCGUGGAGCAGGCUGAAGAUGAACAGGCGGCAACUUCUUCUAAGUCGAAGAAGAAGAAUAAGAAGAAGAAGCGCCAAUCAGUUGCCGCUGAAGAAGAGCAGCCUGCACCCGCCGAGGGAGAGGUCAAGCCUGCACCUACCGAAGAGGAGCCUACACCUGUGCCUGCUGAAAACGAACCCACUGAUCCAGCACCAUCUCAAGAGCUUGAACAGCCUUCUUCCGGCAAAGAUGCGGAUACUCCUAUGGUGACGGAAGAGGCACCUAAGGCCAAAGAGCACGUCACGGACGAGACCACACAGCCAGAGGCCCCUGCCGAUACAGCCGAUACAGCCGCCAUUGAGGCUGCUGCAGAGGCAGCAAUGACUCCUGCUCAGAAGCGGAAGGCCAAGAAAGACAAGAAAAAGCGCCAAUCAGUUGCCGUUGAAGAGGAGCAGCCUACGGCCGCUGGGGAGGAAUCUAAGGCUGCCCCUGUUGAGGAAGAGGUUAAGCCUGCACCCGCGGUAGAGGAGCCUGCACCUGUGCCUGCUGAGGGUGAAGCCGUCGAACCCGCCCCAUCUCAAGAACUUGAACAACCCUCUCCCGACAAAGACGCGGAGACCCCCACUGUGACCGAAGAGGCGCCUAAGGUCGAAGAGACCACGCAGCCAGAGGCCCCUGCCGAUGCGGCUGCCACCGAAGCCGCUGAAGACGCAGCAAUGACUCCUGCUCAGAAGAAGAAGGCCAAGAAAGAUAAGAAAAAGCGCCAAACAGUUGUUACCGAAGAGGAGCAGUCUGUACCUGCUGAGGAGUCCAAGCCUGAACUAGCUGACGAAAAGGUCAUGCCUACACCAGCCGAAGAGGAUCGCACGCCUGGGUCCGGUCAGGAAGAGCUUGUUGAGCCUACGCCGACUCAGGAAAUUGAACAGUCCGCCGUCGAAAAAGACGUGGAGACUCCUAUUAUGACAGAAGAGGCGCCUAAGGCCGAAGAGACCAUGCAGCCAGAGGCCCCUGCCGAUGCAGCUGCAUCUGCCACCGAAGUCGUUGAAGAGGCAGCAAUGACUCCUGCUCAGAAGAAGAAGGCCAAGAAAGACAAGAAAAAGCGCCAAUCAGUAAUUGCUGAAGAGGAACAGCCUGCCUCUGUUGAUGAGCCCAAGCCUGAAUCCGCCCAGGAAGAGCCCGCUAAGGCUGAGUCGACCCAGGACACCGAACAUUCAACUGUCGACAAAGAUGCGCAGGCUCCUGUUAUGAUAGAAGAAGCGCCUAAGGCGGAAGAACCGUCUCCAGAAGAGGCCAGGCAGCCAGAGGGCCCUGCCGAUGCAGCUGCUACCGAGGCCGCUGUCGAGACUCCUGCGGAGGAGGCAAUGACUCCUGCCCAGAAAAAGAAGGCCAAGAAAGACAAGAAAAAGCGCCAAUCAGUGAUCGCUGAAGAGGAACAGCCUACGCCUGUUGAGGAGCCAACGCCCGAAUCCGUUCAGGAGAAACCCACUGAGCCUGAGUCGACGCAGGAAAUCGAACAAUCCACUGUUGACAAGGAUGCGCAAGCUGCUAUUAUAACAGAAGAAGAAGAAGCGCCCAAGGCUGAAGAUCCUUCUCUCGAAGAUGUCACGCAACAGGAUGCCCCUGCUGAUGCAGCUGCUACCGAGCCCGCUGCGGAGGAAACAAUGACACCAGCCCAGAAAAAGAAGGCUAAGAAAGACAAGAAAAAGCAACGAAAGUCUGUUGCCUUCGAUGAGGAUGCCACUCCGAUUGAAGAGCCCAAGCCAGAGAAGGAUUCAUCUACAUCUGAAGAGAACGUUGAAUCUCGGGAUGCUCCCGCUGACUUGGUUGUCUCGGAAGAACCAGCCAAGGAGUUGCCAGUGACCGAAGAAACCGCCGAGCCUGCUGCUGAAGGGGAAGUUUCGGAGAAGAUAGAAGAGCCCGCUUCCUCUAAAGAAAGCAAGGACGUCACCGAGUAUGAAUCAGCCUUAACUGCUACGCCUGAUAUCCCCGUUCCUAGUGAAGUCAGGGAGCCAGAGCCCGCAACAGAGUUGCCAGAGCAGCCGGAGCAAGGUGCUCAGACACCACCGGAGCCCCUGACCCCGAGUGCACAGGAGCCCGAAGUUGCCUUGACUGCGGCGCAGAAGAAGAAGGCGAAGAAAAACAAGAAGAAGGGCAAGUCUGUGGACUUAGCCGACAACGCCCCUUCUGCCACAGAAGCAGUGCAGGAAUCUGAGCCUAAACCUGAACCUGUUGUUCAAGCUUCCACCGAUACUCCAGCUGAGACCCCGGAGCUGCAAGGUACUCCAGCCUCUGAGCUAGCGCAGCCCGCAGAAGGUCUUGAGCAAGACAAUACCAUCGAGUCCGAGGCUCCCAAGGCCGAGGAACUCGAGACAACGGAAGCCGUAUCCGACGAUGUACCGAAAGAGGAAACCCCUGAAGCCAAGAAGACCGACAACGGACCCCCGGCGGCUGAAACGAUUCACGAUGCUGAGCCAGCUCCCUCCCAGGAAGCAGAGGCGAUUGCUUCUGCCGAGCCGACCGAAGAAGCUGGCAUGUCAGCCAAGGAGCGACGCAAGGCUGCCAAGAAAGCAAAGAAACGCCAGUCUAAGAAUGUCGACGCCGAUACCGACGCCGCAACAUCCGAUUCGCCUUCUGCGCCAGCAACGGACCCUGCCGCACCCAUUGAAGCGGCCAACAGCGUUGAAAAGGUCCUGACCUCUACGGACACAGACGCCCCUGGACUUUCAGCCGUACCGGCGUCCUCGCCUGCGGAACAUGACGGUAAAGAACAUCAGUCCCACGGCAUAGAAACUUACGACGCCACGGCGCAAGAUACGACCUCGACUGAUAAAGACAUGUCUUCGCAGGUAGAGCAGACGCCGAUAGAGAGUCCUUUUUUAGAUUAUCCUCCCCAGCCCGUGCUUGAGCGUUCAGUUGAUUCCGGCGAGCUGGCGGAGGUAAAUGCUCAGCAGGAGGGUGAUGUUGCCCUUACUGCACCGGAGCGAGAGGGGGAGAUGGUUGAGCCUGCCCCCCUGGAGGAGAUGAAGCUGGUUGGUGAUAGUGAGAAUGUUGAGGAGGAAUCGACUGUGCCGGAAGCAGGCGAUCUCUCCACGGAGAAGGAGAUUGAAGAGAUGCCUGUGGAUGUGCCAAUUGAUGUUGUUCCUGAGGCACAGAUACAGGAAUCCCCUGUGGAAGAAGCUUCUGAGGCAGCUGUCUCGAAGAAGCAGAAGAAGAAAAACAAAAACAAAAACAAGGAUAAAAAGCAAGAGGAGGAAGCCGCAGCAUCUGAGCCUGCGAGCUCUACUGCAGAGGACAAGGAGCAGCCGGAAGCUGGGCCUUCGGUUGAGGCCGAGCUCCAGCCGGAGGUAAAGGAAAUCAUUGAGCCUGAGCCCAUUGCCGUGGCCGAACCAGUGCCAAUUCCAGAGGAGCAACAACCAGAUCAACUGCAGGACAUUGAAGAGACUGCUGCUGUCCAGACAACCGAGGACGUUGGUGAUACCAAGGAGAUCAAUGUCCCAGAAGCCGAGGCCGCUGCUCCUCCUACCGAAGACACCACGCAGCCAGAGGCCCCUGUCGAUGUAGCUGACAUCGAGGCCACUGAAGAUGCAUCAAUGACCCCUUCCCAGAAGCGGAAGGCCAAGAAGGACAAGAAGAAGCAACGACAAUCAAUUAUUGCUCAAGAACCCGAAGUUGAGCCCCAGCCUGAGGAACAGACACCACCCGAAGCGGCUGAAACUUCUGCCCAAGAGGCUGGGAUUACAACAGAGCCAGCGCCUGGCGAAAUUGCCACGCAAGAUGAGGCUGUUCCUAGCGCAGAGGAGCCCACAGCGCAGCCUAUUGAUGCCACCCAGGAGGCCGCCAAGGACCUUGUAACGCCCUCUGAAUACACUGAACAGCAUGUUCUAAGCCAAGAAAAUGAAAACGGAGAGCGUUCUCUCGAGCUUCCUUCCACUAAAUCCAAAGUCGAGAAAGGAGACAAACCAACCGAGCAAGCUGCCGCAGUCCCGGCGGAGAUUCCAGAUGAUGAGCGACCUAGCGAACAAGGGCAGCCUGAAGCCGGCCCCGAGCCUGAAGGGGAAUCGACGACUGUCCCCAAGAAGAUGAGCAAGAAAGAGAAGAAGAAGGCUGCUGCUGCUGCUGCUGCUGCUGCUGCUGCUGCCGCUGCCGCCCUUGUCGAGGAAGAAAAUCUCGCUGAGUCACAGCCUGAACCCAAGGAGGCCUCGGUCAUCACUCCGCAAGCUCCAGAGGAAGCGGUAGAGCAGCCUAUGGUUCAAGAGCCGCAAUUCUCAGAGACUGAAGACAAGCCUCAGCCUGAAGCCGAAAAGAACCCGGAUGAAAUUACAGAAUUGCCGGCUUCUGGGUUGAAAGAAGAUGUUCUGGAGCAGUCUGUUGAGGCUCUCGAUUCUACUGAGCCUCUCAAAUCUGAGGUCAAACCGGAGGAGUCUACAAAAGAGCUAGCCGAGGAGCCAGCUGCCGCCGAAACUAUUACUCGGAAAAUGUCAAAGAAGGACAAGAAAAGGGCCAAAAAGCAUGCCCAACAAGAAAUAAUUGAGCCGACUUCCCCUCCCACCGAUGAUCAUGCUCGUAUCACCGAGCCUGCAACUGCAGAGGCUGUUCUUGAACCGGAGAUAACUGUUGUGGUCCCAGCUGAACUUGUUCCUACCACCGAGCCCGCAACUACGGAGACUGCUAUCGAACCAGAAGCGACUCUCAAAGAGACCCCAGCUGAGGCUGUUCCUGGGGCUGAUUCGAAUCCGUCGGAAGAAACCCAAGAUGCUCCCAAGGCCGAGGCUGAAAGCAUCGAACCACCCGCUAUUGAGUGUUUUAGCAUCGUAUCGGACGACAAGCAACCCCCAGAAAGCGAGAAAAAUGAAGCAGUCAUUUCUCUUGAUACACUCGAUACACCCUCGUCCGUGGAACCCACUGACCAGGAUACCAACAAUGAGCCCCUUGACCUCGAGCGUCCCGCAGAGAAGAACGAUAUGAAAGAUAAAGCUCAUGUUGUGACCGAUUCGCAGGAUCUUGAGAACGCAGCUGAUCGCGAGGUCGUCGAGGGCCUCGUGGAUCAACCAGGACAACCUGAAGUGAUGCCGGCCCUGUCCAAGAAGAUGUCGAAGAAGGACAAGCGCAAGGCCAAGAAGAAUGCCGGCAUCACCGAAGAAGUCUCGGCUCAACAACAAGAGUCUCAGGCUGAUGUGGCUGGGUUGCCCACGGAAUCUGAGGUCCAGCCGACAGAGCCUGCUGUGGAGAAAGAGAUUCACAAGGAACCUGAACAUACUGCAGAAGCUCAACCUGCAUUCGAGCGAGAGUUGCCGAUUGAGACUCCCGCUUCGAUUGAGAAUGAGCCUAUACCAGACCCAGGAGUUCAGGCUGAGCCAACGCAACCCGAUGGAGAGCCCGUCGCCAGCGAGGAGGUUCCUCUCUCACGCAAGGCCUCGAAGAAGAAGGCCAAGAAAGCCCAAAAGGCCAACAAAUCCCUGGAUGCUGAGGCACUGGCUGAAAACACGAUCGCGGAUCAGCAUGCUACCAUUGUGCCGUUUGAAGAUGACCAAUCGAAGGCAGAGGGCCUGGAAGUGCCAGACGAAAAUUCGGCCCAAGACGAAGAAGACUGGCCCGCAAUUGACUGGCAGGCCAGGUUUGAGGAGUCCCAGCGAUCAAGGGAAGCGGACCCUGAACCUGAGCCGGACAUUCCACCUCCCGAGCCGGAGAUUAUUGGAGAAUUCGUUGAUUCUUCAUUCCCCGAAGUUUCGCAAGAUGCAAACGAAGCUACAGAGGAAGAUGCCUGGGCUUUGCCAACGAGCAAAAAAGACAAGAAGAAGGCCAAGAAGAACAAGAAGCAGUCACAGCAAACUCCCCCGGAAGCCGAGGGACCUUCACUGGAACCCUUCAACGACAAAGAGAUCGAGCCACCUGCCCGGACAACUACUCCCGGUGGAUCUAAGAUUGCCAACUUAUUUCCCGGCCUCGAGCGUGGGGGGUUUCGGCGAUCAGCUUUGGACCAGCAACCACGGUCGCUAAAAGAUAGUGCUGAGGAAGAGACAACAGCGGACUUGGAAGCGAAUCGCGAUGUCGCGAUCCCUGUCUUGGAAGCACCCCCAGCGACCACUGGAACCAAAGAAAUUCCCGAUGAUUUUACCUCGGAGCAGCCUAGCAGCCUCGAAAGACAAAUUGAAUCUACAAUCUCGGAGCUGAAAGGUCACUCCGAAACUCCUACUGCUACGGAGCAUGGAUCAACCAGGGAGCCAGAACUUCCGGCGGAAGGCGAAAAGUCCAAGGAUAUGCCAUCGUCAUUGUCAAUGGAACCCUCUGAUGAGCGGACUCGUCCCACUGAACCUUCUUCUCCUACGCGCCUUCCACCCCAGGAAGAAGCUGGAAAGGAACUGUGUGAAUUACGCCGAUCACCAUCAAUCCAUGGACGGCACCAGCACACACCCAGAACCUGGAGCUUGGAAGAACCCUCUCUACCAGCUCUUCGUGCCCCGUCCCCUCCUCGGUCGCUCUUCGGAGGACCGACCGACGAUUAUGUGCGACCCCGGACUCCGCUUGAUACAAUCGCGGAACAAGAACCACGGGAUGGCCAGGGAGCAACCAUGGCUCGUCGCGGGACGCCCCGUCUGGAGAUGAAGCCCGAGCAUGUCUUACCUCGACCUCAGACACCUGUCCGGAAAUUUACAGACAAUGCCUUUGAUCGAGAAGCUUGGCCGAAGGAGAACAAAAAAGGCGAGGGGUUCAAACCCGAAAUUCUAAAAACGCCUGAGCAAGGGAUGCCAAUUCUGAAGCCCAGCACCAGCAGCGGAAAAUUACGUCGUACAAAUCGCAGUAUUAGCGGCGAUCUGCGGGCGGCUAGUCGAGCGCUAGAUUCCCAGCCUUCGAAUCUCGAUCUCGAUCAGCUCCCGUCUUCCUCCUCUUACGACCCCGUCACCGACAAGGGCAAACGUCCGUUGCGAAAUAUGUCGGAUGUCUAUGAGGGAUGGGGUGAGACGCCCAGUUCCCCACGGUCGCCCAGCCGACCGCCUAGUGUCCGCCGCCGUCGCAGCAUGCAACACUUGCAAGACAUCGAAACCCGUCUCGACCAGCUCAUCUCUGAAAACCGCCUACUGAUCGCCGCCCGCGAUGAAGCCGAAGAUAAGCUACGGAAUACCACUGUCGCUCGUCGAAAGAGCGACCGUGCGCUCAACACCCGCGACGGAGAUCUGCGCGAUCGGGAAUCAGAGGUGGAACAAUUGAAGAACUCGGUGGAAUGGCUGCAGAAGGAGAUCUCUCGCCUGACCCAAGAGAACGAGGGGCUGACCGCAUCCAACUCUGCUCUCGCCGCCGCCCACGCAGCCGAAGUCAACUCCGUACGCGAGUCGUCCACACGUGAACUUGCCGACUUGCAGUUGCAACACAAUCAACUCUCGACCCAGAUAGAGGAUCGCGUUCGACAAGAGAUUGAGUCAGCUCUUGCGCAAAAAGAUAUUGAAUUGCGCCGUCUGCGCACCGAGCUUGAGGAGGCCCGUGAUAAAGUGAAGGAGCUCCAACAACAAAUCGCGGCCUCGGUACAUGACAAUGCCCUUGUCUUCCGCGAUGAAGAGUACUUCGAUGCUGCCUGCCAGAAACUGUGUGGCCAUGUCCAAUCUUGGGUUGUGCGCUUCUCUAAGCACAACGAUAAGCGUCGCUGUCGCCCACUCAGUGAGCUGCAAGACGAGAAGAUCGCAGAUCGUUUUGACAAUGCCCUCCUCGACGGCUCCGAUCCCGAUGCCUACCUAUCCGACCGUGUCCGCCGCCGCGAUGUCUUCAUGUCGGUGGUCAUGACAAUGGUCUGGGAAUACAUCUUCACCCGUUAUCUCUUCGGCAUGGACCGGGAGCAACGUCAAAAACUCAAGUCUCUUGAGAAACAAUUGGGCGAGGUUGGCCCAGCCCGUACUGUGCACCGCUGGCGAGCCACUACUCUCACACUGCUGUCCCGGCGACCGGCCUUUGCUGCGCAACGUGAGAGCGAUACCGAGGCUGUUACUCUGGAGAUCUUCCAAACCCUAUCGCGGAUCCUCCCUCCUCCGUCGCAUGUUGAAUCCCAGCUCCUGGAUAACCUCCGUAAGAUCAUGCGGGUAGCAGUAAACCUGUCCUUGGAGAUGCGCACCCAGCUGGCUGAAUUCAUCAUGCUGCCGCCUCUGCAGCCGGAAUAUGAUACCAAUGGCGACCUCGCCCGCCAAGUAUACUUCAACGCCGCCCUAAUGAAUGAGCGCAGUGGUCUGACAAAUGACAACAGCGAGCUCGAAGCCCAACAGUCCAUUGUGCGCAUUGUGCUCUUCCCUCUUGUUGUCAAAAAGGGCAAUGAUGUGGGCGAGGGUGAUGACGAGGUUGUCGUCUGCCCCGCCCAGGUCCUCGUUGCCCGCCCCAGCAAAGACAAGAAAGUAUCAAGGAUGAUGAGCGGCGACCGCAUGUCCAUCGAUCCUGCCAGGUCGGUCCACAGCAUCGUUCAAAGUAUCACUCACAGUGUGGCACCGUCAUCUAUGAUGGACAUGAGCAAUGUGAUCUGA